AUGAGAAAAUUUUCUAGCCAAAACAAACUAUUAUCCAUGAACGCAUCUUCAUCCAUAGACUCAUCUUCUUGGGUCAUUCAUCUUCGUAGUUUCUUUGAAGAGAAAAAGCUAGAAGAUGAUGUUGAUACAGAUGACACAACCGUUUGUGUUUACCAUGUCCCUAAACCGCUUCGAGCACUCAAGCCUGAAGCAUAUAGUCCUAAUAUCAUAGCCUUGGGGCCUUACCAUCAUUGGCGUCAAGAUCUUUAUGAGACGGAAAGGUACAAGCUCAUUUGUGCAAAGAAGGUGCAAAAGGAGUUCAAGCACCUCAAAUUUGAGGACCUUGUGAAGAAACUCUUGAAGAAGGAGCACAAAAUUCGAGGGUGUUACCAUAAGCACUUGGACAUGGAUGGAGAAGCACUAGCGUGGAUGAUAGCAAUUGAUGGCUUAUUCUUGCUAGAGUUUCUUCAUGUUUAUGUCAUCAAGAUAAGUUCCUUGGCCUCUUCGGCUAGGAUGUCAUUCUUGGUUAAGUCGAUGGGCAGGAAGUUGGCUUAUGAUUUGAUCCUUCGCGACAUCUUGAUGCUCGAAAAUCAAAUUCCCUUUUUUGUAUUGAAGAAGAUCCUACGUAUCCAAUGCUUGUCAUCCGAUUUGGCUGAAAAUUUGUUGCCUUCUAUGUUGAUGGGUGUUUGUAGGGAGCUCUCUCCUCUUGUUUUAGAUGAGGGAUAUCCUAUGUCAGAGGCCAUUCAAUGCGCGCACUUGUUGGAUCUCCUAUAUCAUCUCAUUGUUCCCAAGUUAGAGCAAGGUGAAGAAGAAAUCCAAGUGACAUUUCUCCCUAACAAGUUCGAUGAAGAGGAUCCAUCUUUUGGUGAAAUCAAAGAGGUCUUCACUAAUUCAUGGGAAAUGGCUUCCAAACUCAAGAUUAUUUCAAAGAUGCCAAUAGUAUCAGCUAUAGCGCCUGCACUAGAGAGUAUUUUUCUAGGAAAUAAGCAUGAGAAAGGAAGUAGCACAGUCAAAAAUGGAAGUUUGCAAAAGGAUGCACAAGUUAUUCCAUUGGUAGAGGAGAUCAUGAUUCCCUCAGUAGAAAACCUUUGUGAUGCAGGCGUAGAGUUUUGUCCAACAAAUGGUGAUAUAUCCACGAUACAAUUCGAUAAAAAGUUGAUGAAGUUCUACCUACAUGUGGUUCUUAUAGAUGGUAAUACAGAAGUUCUAAUGCGAAAUCUAGUAGCUUAUGAGGCUUCAGCUACUCCUUGUCCUCUGGUUUUAGAGCGUUAUACUGAAUUGAUGAAUGGAAUUAUUGAUACAGCUAAGGAUGUAGAAAUCCUUAGGAAAAAGAAAAUCAUAGUAUGUCGUCUAUUGAGAGAUGAAGAGGUAGCUAAUCUUUGGAAUGGAAUGACAAAAGCUAUCCGAUUAACCAAAGUUUCUUUCAUUGACAAAGCUAUUGAAGAUGUUAAUGGGUAUUUUAACAAUACUCUUAAGAGGAAAUUGCAUAAACUUACUAAAAGGUAUGUGUAUAACUCUUGGAGGAUUCUCGUUGUUUUGGCAACUCUUCUAUUAUUGGGAUUGAUGGUUCUCCAAUCAUUUUGUUCAGUCUAUAGCUGUCCUCGUUUCUUCAACAUCGAUGAAACUACUACUAGUACGCGUGUAUGA